ACCUAUAAAAGCACUGCGGCCAAAGUUUUCCAAAGCCUCUCUUGCCAACCGCAAAGAUGAACUACGGAUCUGACCACUAUACCUCGUCAUCCUACCGAAAGAUCUACAGGGACGCUCCUCGUUUCUCACCCUCAACCUCUCGUAUGAGUAGUCCUUCCGCCUCCUCCCGCAGUUCUGUGUCCUCCACCAGUUACAGGUCUGCGGUGUCUCUCCCCCGCAGCAGUGCGUCAUCGCUGGGCUACUACAGAAGAACCGGUCAGUCUUCUUCCUUUUCGACGGUGCCAGGUGACAGCCUCGAAUUGACUCAAUCCUCCGUCCUCAGCAAUGAGUUGAAAGUCACCCGAACCAAUGAGAAGGAACAAUUGCAGGGUCUCAAUGACCGCUUCGCCAUGUUCAUCGAGAAAGUGCGUACCCUGGAGCAGCAGAACAAAGUCUUGGAGACGGAGCUGGUGACCCUGCGCCAGAGGCAGCACGAGCCAUCCCGCAUCGCGGACCUAUACCAGCAGGAGAUGCGCGAGCUUCGCGCGCAAGUGGAGGAGAUCGGCAGCGAGAAAGCCCACAUUCUCAUCGAUAGGGACAACUUAGAAGAAGACCUUCACAAGCUUAGGGCCAAAUAUGAGGAGGAGUUAAGGGCGCGCGAGGAGGCUGAGCAGACCCUGCGGUCGUUCAAAAAGGACGUGGAUGACGCCACCAUGGCGCGGCUGGAUCUAGAGCGCAAAGUGGAGGGCCUCCUGGAUGAGAUAUCCUUCCUGAGGAAGGUCCACGACGAGGAGGUGGCCGAACUGAGCGGUAUGGUCCAGGCAGCUCAUGUGUCAGUCGAGGUAGAGCUGGCCAAACCCGACCUCACUUCGGCUCUGAAAGAGAUCCGCAAUCAGUACGAGACUCUGGCUUCUAAGAACCUGCACUCCGCGGAAGAGUGGUAUAAAUCCAAGUUUGCCAAUCUCAACGAGCAGGCCACCAGGAGCAAUGAGGCAAUGCGGGCCAGCAGGGAGGAGAUCAACGAAUUCAGGAGACAACUGCAGUCCAAGACAAUUGAGUUGGAGACCCUACAUGGCAUCAAUGAGUCUUUGGAACGGCAGAUUCGAGAAACAGAAGAUGGACACAAUCUUGAAAUCGCAGGUUUGCAGGAUACCAUUGGGCACCUGGACAAUGAUUUGCGGAACAUCAAGAAUGACAUGGCUCAGCAUCUUCGAGAGUACCAGGAUCUGCUCAAUGUCAAAAUGGCUCUGGACAUUGAAAUAGCUGCCUACAGAAAACUGCUGGAGGGAGAGGAAACUCACUUUAGCACAGGAAUAUUAUUUGGCGCCUCAAACCAUGGCACCGGUCACUUUGGAUACCAGCCACGUGCCUCAAGCUAUGCACGGAGUACCAAUAAGGAGAAAGAGGCUGCUCAGAAAGAUGGCUUCAAGGAGAUCACUGAGGAAAAAGUGGAGAAGAGCGAUGAAGCAGAUAUCAACUCAAACAACUAGCCAACAUAAAUUCAGACCUUGCAAGCCAGUUAUCUAAAGGCACAGAGCAAAUGUACUGUAUAUCAUACAUUAUUACUGGGAUGCAUUAUGUGCAGCUGAGCACUGCUACACUCUCCAGUUUCAAUUACAAUAGUGGAAUUUGAGAUCGUCUUUGUUAGUAAUAUGAUAUAUUGAAGGUAGGUAGGUAGUUGAAAGGAGUGAUAAUUUUGUAAUUUAAACAAAUAGAAUAUUUUAAUGAAAUGUAUAUAUUUUUGUAGCCUGGUUGCCUGAUCUGUAUGUGUUUUAGCCAACUCUUCUGUCAUUCGUUGUUAUGCCAUGCAAAUACAGUACAUGGCUAAUAUUUUUGUGUGUUGAGGCUGUUGAUGAAGCCAUUAAAAAUGUACUGUAACCAUUUGGUCCCUAUUUAUUGAACAUU